AUGGCUACGGAAUCAUCUAAGGUUAUUGUGGAGUUGAUGAAGAUGAAGAAAUUCAAGAAAGAAACUGGCUAUGAGUCAACAAUGAAGAAGCUAUAUGAGCAAGUCAGGAAAGGCAAAGCAAAAACCCUUACCGCAAAUAUUCAAACAGCUAAAACUUCAUUCACGCCUGGUAAAGGAAAACCGCCAAUUCCAGUUCUGAUCAAUACCAAAGUGAAGCAAGUCAAAAAGGGUCCAGCCAAAGACAAAGUCAUUGUGGUAGCAAUGGAUGGUGAUGCAAAAAAGAAGGUCUACAUUUUGGCACUUCGGUUUGCCACAGAAGAGAAUGCUAAGUUAUUCUACGAUACGACUAAAGCAAAAGGUGUCAAACCGCCAGAACCUGAGCAACCUCCACCACCGCCACCACCGGCAACGUCACAAGCGGACGAAAGAUCUAGAGCCACGUCCGCAGCACCGAGUACAACGAACCGAGAUCAAACUCCUAGACGCAACUCGUAUACUGAAACAACUCGAUCGGCAACUCGAGAAUCCUUCUCGAGACACGAAACUACCGUGUCUUCUGUGUCACCACCAACUAUCAACGAUAUGUCAGUGAAACGAGCUGUAACACCAUCAAUAACAACAAGUCCCUCGAUGUCAUGUACAGCACCAACUCAUACACAAAAUCGAAGCCCGAGCAGACACACAAGGACCUCAUCUUCGUCAUCUAGCUCAUCGUCUUCUCGAAGACCGGCAUCUAAAUCGGCAUCUCAAAUGGGUACUCUUAAUCCUGCAUUUGAGUCACGAACCACGUUUGUAUCGACUGAUGACCAUGGACGCAGCCGUCACCACGACAAGAAUCAUUACUCUAGCCCAAAGGUGGAUGGGAAAAAGAAGAAUUCCGAUGCUUACGAAAGUGAAUAUAAACAUUAUCGUCCUCGAUCAAGAAAGUCUGCUGGAUCAGUGCGUAUUUACCACCUCACUCCGGGUUCUAGCCCAAGCAAAGGAGAGUCUGGACGCAUGUACUACUAUGCAUCAAAUGCGCGUAAACUGAGCAGCAGCAGUAGUAGCAGCAGUAGUAGCUUAUCCAGCAGUUCGUCAAGCGAGAGCAUUGCUGCUAGUUGGCUAGGAAACCAACCAGGUGGACGCAGUAAAAGCCACGGUAGAAGGCCAAGUUAUGCAACCCAAAAUAGGGCGCACCUUAUUGAACUGAAACCAAGAGCUUACAGCGUGGGUCCAGGCUCAAGAAGGCGUGAUGUAUCAAGUUCCAGCUCUUCCAGUUCCAGCUCCUCCAGUUCUUCGUCCAGUGAGAAUGUAAACGUCACGACAUGGCGAAUCACAAGGAGAAGCUCUUCGUCUUCAUCUUCCUCCUCAAGCUCCUCAUCGUCCGAUUCAAGCAAGUACCAAUCCGGUCGGAAACACCGAUCCCAUCAUAGGCGCACCUUCCGUGUCACCAAUCCACGAUAA